ACUGAGGAAAUUAACACUGAAAGACCAUUGUCAGAGAAGGGAAGUUCCCCAGACCACAGCAGUAGAAACAGACAAAGGUACACAGUGGGUACACAGUGGCUACCGCACAGGGACGGUCAGUGGCAAAAUACAAAUUAGAAGCUCAAGGUUUUCACAGAUUGUUGCUUACACAGCUUACCAGCGAUCAAUAAUGGAACCUUUUAAUGGUGUUUAUCACAACACAUCACUGGCAAAUAAAGAUGAAAUCGUAGAGGGCGGUCAUUUAAUGCACGGAACUCACUUCACCUGCACACUUUACCAAGGAGGCCUUCCAACAAUAUCACCACAUGGCACAGAAAGAAUUCAAAUUCCUAUCCGAUACAUCAUGAAGUUAUUCGCUUCCCCACGUUUGUUUCUGAGGAAAACGGCAGAUGGUAGAAGAAACAAAACUUAUUACAACCUUGUUUUAACAGAUGACAUCAAUCUCGUACUGGUGGAGAGGGAAAACGACGAAAUUCAAGAAUGCAACAUCACAGAAAACCAAUAUGUUAUAUUAGAUAAAGACGGCGACAGAUUCCAGGUAAAACGUAACAGCGGAGAUGGCACCAGUAAAUGGGUAAAUCUGAGAAUCGAUAAAGAGAUACCCCUCAUACCGCAUGAGUGGACCACAAUGCAAUGAUUUCAACAUCUUGAAACUAUGAAAAGAAUAAGUAUUGUGUUGCUUUUUAGUUACGCCUAUUGUCAUAUUUUUUAUUAUCAUUUUAUAUGUACGCUUAAGUAGACUUUUGACAUUUAAUUGUAAUCUGUGUAAGCAGCUCUUUCGGUCAUAAUUUCUGGUUCAGUCAAUGUUUAAUGUUUAUUAAAGAGUGUGACUGUUUUAAUUACUUUGGCUCUAAACAGUGUCAACGUAAAUUUACCACGAGGGAUGUCUCGCUCACGCCUUGAUCAUAUGGACAAAAUAUAUUUGUCCUCAAAUUAUGAAAUCACGUUGCAGUUAUAUUUAUGCUAGACAUGAUUGCUUAUAAUUUAUAAUUUUCUAAAUCAAAACAAAUGAUAAUAUUGACAGAAGUGAAUACGAAGUCACAGAAAACGAAUUUGUUAUAUUAGAUCAAAAUAAUGACAGAUUCCAGGUAAAACCAAACCACGGAACUGGCAACAAUUACAACUGGGUAAAUCUGAGAAUCGAUAAAGAGAUACCCCUCACAAUUCCGCAUGAGUGGACCACAAUGCAAUGAUUUCAACAUCUUGAAACUAUAUGAAAAGAAUAAGUAUUGUAUUGUCUUUUUAGUUUUGCAUAUUGCCAUAAUUAUCAUAUAUAUACAAGUACGCGCUUUUAGAUAUUUUUUUGACAUUUUUAAUUGUAAAGCUAUGUAAGCAGCUGUUUCGGUAAUAUUUUCUCGUUUGCAUUAUCCGCUUCUGUCAAUGUUUAAUGAUGUUUAUAAAGGAGUGUGACCGUUUUAAUUACUUUGGCUCUAAACAUAGUCACCAUAAACUAACCUCGAGGGAUGACUCACUCACGCCUUGAUCAUAUGGACAAAAUAUAUUUGUCUUCAAAUUAUGAAAUAACACUGCAGCUAUAUUUAUUCUAGACAUGAUUAUUUUUAUAAUUUUCUACAUUAAAACAAAUAAUAAUGACUCACCCACGCCUUGAUCAUAUGGACAAUAUAUGUUUGUCUUUAAAUUAUGAAAUUACGUUGCAGUUAUAUUUAUGCUAGACAUGAUUAUUUUUAUAAUUUUCUACAUUAAAACAAAUGAUAAUGACUCACUCACGCCUUGAUCAUAUGGACAAAAAUAAUUUGUCUUUAAAUUAUGAAAUUACGCUGCAGUUAUAUUUAUGCUAGACAUGUUUUUUUUUAUAAUUUUCUACAUUAAAACAAAUGAUAAUGAGUCACUCAUGUCUUAAUCAUAUGAACAAAAUACAUUUGCCUUCAAAUUAUGAAAUUACGUUAUAGUUAUAUUUCUGCUAGACAUUAUUGCUUAUAAUUUUCUAAAUUAAAACAAAUGAUAAUAUUGA